AACGAUUCCGAUGAGGGCUGCCGCUGCCAACGAUGCAAUGCCUCGUCUUACGGAUGAGCCCUGGGCAUAGGCACCUCCUGAGUGCCACAGAGACCACGACGAAGGUUUACCAUUCCUGUCUGUUACGAUAGUUUGCGAUAAGCUUCAAAGAAAGAAGACCCGAAGCAUCCAAACUAGCCGGUGAAGACCGGACUUUGGGCUUGAUGUUUACCGGAGAGAGAGGCUGGUGAGGAAGCGGGAGCCAUGGGUUUCUCCUACAACCUCCGAUGAACGGAAAUAAGCUGGACCCACACGACUCAGCUAACCUGCCCCCACCUCCAGGGGGGGCUCCCCUCUCCCCAUCCCCAGCAAUGGCAGGUUUCAAGCGGGGCUAUGAUGGCAAAAUCGCCGGCUUGUAUGACCUGGACAAGACGCUGGGCCGUGGCCACUUUGCUGUGGUCAAGCUGGCUCGCCACGUCUUCACUGGGGAGAAAGUGGCAGUGAAGGUGAUUGACAAGACCAAGCUGGACACAGUUGCCACUGGCCACCUUUUCCAGGAAGUCCGCUGCAUGAAGCUGGUCCAGCACCCCAACAUUGUGCGCCUCUAUGAGGUGAUAGACACUCAGACCAAGCUCUACCUCAUCUUGGAGCUGGGUGAUGGAGGAGACAUGUUUGACUACAUCAUGAAACAUGAAGAGGGUCUGAAUGAAGAGCUGGCUAAGAAAUAUUUUGCCCAAAUUGUCCAUGCUAUCUCCUACUGCCAUCGGCUCCAUGUGGUGCACAGGGACCUGAAGCCAGAGAACGUUGUGUUCUUCGAGAAGCAAGGGCUGGUUAAGCUCACUGACUUUGGGUUCAGUAACAAGUUUCAGCCAGGGAAAAAGCUAACGACCAGCUGUGGAUCUCUGGCAUAUUCUGCUCCAGAAAUACUACUGGGAGAUGAGUAUGAUGCUCCAGCCGUAGAUAUCUGGAGUCUAGGUGUGAUUCUGUUCAUGUUGGUAUGCGGCCAGCCACCCUUCCAGGAGGCAAACGACAGCGAGACCCUCACCAUGAUCAUGGACUGUAAAUACACUGUACCGGCCCAUGUUUCCAGCGCCUGCAAAGAUCUAAUAGACCGUAUGCUUCAGCGGGACCCCAAGGGCCGGGCGUCCCUGGAGGAGAUUGAGGGCCAUGCUUGGCUGCAGGGGGUCGACCCGUCACCGGCUACCAAGUACAACACCCCACUGGUUUCUCACAAGAACCUGUCAGAGGAGGAGCACAACAGCAUCAUACAGCGCAUGGUGCUGGGAGACAUCGCAGACCGCGAGGCCAUAGUGGAAGCCCUGGAGACCAACAAAUACAACCACAUCACAGCCACCUACUACCUGCUAGCAGAGAGGAUCCUGAGGGAGAAACAGGAGAAGGAGGUCCAGACCCGCUCCUCAAGCCCAAGCAACAUCAAAGCACACUUCAGGCAGUCAUGGCCCACCAGAGUGGACAUGCACCAGGACAUCGAGGACAGCCUGGCUGCCUCCUCCAUCUCCCAUGCUGGGGGACCCCAGUCGCCGGCCCGCAGCGCUGAGAAUCUGCUCAAUGGGCAUCGCUCCAAGGGCCUGAUGGAGCUGGGCCGACGAGAGGAAACCACAGUGACAGACUCUCCAGGACAGUCAGCACAGGGAGCCAGUGCUGCCACCCUGGGCCUUGCUUCUGGAUCUGGCUCUGGGCUCCACAGGACCCCCACACCCUCCACCUCAGCUUCAGCCUCCACCAAACAGCGAACCUGCCUGUUCAGGGUGGAGGAGGACGAGGAGGAGGAGGAGGAGCAGGACCCGUCUCCUCUCCCCACCCAGGUGAUCCUGCGGCGUAAGCCCCCGUCCAUCACCAACCGCCUCACCUCCAGGAAGAGCGCCCCCGUGCUCAACCAGAUCUUUGAGGAAGAGGGAGAAUCCGAUGACGACUUCGACAUGGAUGAGGGCCUGCCACCGAAACUCAGCCGCCUCAAGAUGAACAUGGCCGGAAACUCUGCAGCGGCAGGGGCCGCCAACCUAACCUCCGGCUCCGGGUCCACGUCACCCCCGGGGCAGACGCAGAAACGCUACCACCGCCGCAAGAGCCAGGGCCGGGGCUCGUCGUGUUCGAGCUCGGAGACGAGCGAUGACGACUCGGAGAGCCACCGGCGACGCUUGGACAAGGACUCUGGCUUCGGCUACGGCUGGAACCGAAGGGACAGCAGCGAGGGGCCUCCAGGGAGCUCAGGGGGCAACGGGGGAGGCAGCAGCUCAGGGCAGGGCAAGCCACCAGGAGAGGGAGGUGGCUCCUCCGGACCAGACAGGGGGAGCCCUCCUGGAGGGGUGGAAAUGGAGGGGGAGGUCGGAGGUGGAGGAGGAGGGGGAGGGGGAGGGGGAGGGGGUAACAAAGGGCAAGGCAGCCCCUCGAGUUGUUGUAACAACAGUAGCACUACCAACCCCUCCAUAAACUCUUCGUCGAGGUCGUCGCGCACGGCGACCCGCAGCACAGAGCUGGUAGAAAGCCUGAAGCUGAUGAGCCUGUGCCUCAGCUCGCAGCUCCAGCACCAGAAGUCGAGGAGUCGAGGAGGAGGCGGAAGCGGGGGGAGGUUCAUCAUAGACCCUCGGAGUCUCUCGGGAGGGAGCGUGAAAAUCCAGGAGAAAUCCACGUGGAAGAUGUGCAUCGGCUCCAACGGGAGCCUGGACACCAUCACGCUCCCCACCACUGCCCUGCCCCGCACACACACGGCGCACCACCACACACACACGCACCGAAAGGUGGUGCCGCAGGGCUCGCCGGGCCUGCAGGCGGGGCCGGGCGGCAGGAACAGUCAUGACAACUUGAGCAGUCUGAAGAACGGCGUGCUCCAACUACCUCUGUGUGAGAAGACCAUCUCUGUCAACAUUCAGCGGGGCGGAGGCUCCAGGGAUGGCCUGCUCUGUACCUCAGCUCCAGCCAGCUGCUGCCAGGUCAUCUGAAGCCAACGUCCCCGCUGCUUCGACCUAGUACACCCCCCUCUGGACCAUCAGUCAACCCCCACCACCCUCAACCCGGGCUCCAUUUGUCCCCUCCUGCCUGUUUUUUUAUCAGCCUCUCAAUCCCCUCUUUCAGCCCCUUUUCACAUCAUCCCUCCAAAGUCACAAGAAACACCCCUCCAUGCCACUCAUAUAUCUCUUUUCUCCUCACCACCUCUCUCCAUAUCAUUUAUUCAAACACUCCAUUCCCUCUGUCAGACUCACUCUUUUCAGUUUCUUCUUGUUUGGCUGUAGCAGAUACCUGACCUCACAGCACCUCACCACCGACAUCACACCUGCCUUCUGCUGUUGUCUUAACCACUCAGCACUGCGUCGCCCCGCUCUCACUUUCUUGUUGUUUUAUUAGUUGUACUGCUCUGCGUAAUGUAUGUACGAGGUGCAUGCUGCUUGUGGUUAAUUUGCUCUCCAGCUUUCAUUAGUGUGUGUUUCAGUUUUCCUUUUUGUUCUGCUCUCACCCCCCUCCCGCAGAAUGCUUUUGAACUGUUUUUAGGGUGGUGUUGAUUGUAACAGCUCACAACUAUGUGGAGGGUUUGAUUUUAUUUUAUGGCAACUUGAUUGAAUUUGGAAAAAGACCAAAUUUUUUUUCCACAAGAGGCGGUAGUAGGGCAUGGUAGCUGAACGGGCAAGCACUUAAAAGGAACUAUGAGAGUUAUUACAGCGAUAUAGCUCCUCACUAGCACUGGAAAGUACAGGGCAGCUGAGUGGAGGGGAGGGAGGAGCGGAGCCAUCAGCGGAGGAGGAAAGAGCAGAUCUCCAUGUCAACACACAGGCCCUGUGUGCACACUCCUGAAACGCAUCCGUCUCUCUUUCCCUCCGGCCUCCUUUCCCUCCUCUCCUCUGACUUUUGGUCCACUUUUAAUGCCUACCUAGUAUCCAUGGAGAAAUCAUUGAUCAGACAGUGCUGGAUUAGUUCAGCCACGUCAAGAUAUCUGAUAAGUAAGGGAAGAGGAAAGGGUUUAUAUUUGUGUUAGUGACCUCAUUUUUAAAAGUUGAUGGAGAACUCCAGUCUGGACAGUGCUUUUUACUCCAUAUUGCACUCAGACAAUCUGUUUCAUGUUCUUUUUAUUUUCAUUUUUAUUUUUAUUUUUUUUAAUGCAUGGAUUUGAAAUGUAAUUUUAACCAGCUCUCACACAUCAAUUUGCAGACCCCAGCAGUCACAAAGUCCAUUUCAGACCCCUUUAAAUUUGGAUAAGUGCCGCUUUAUAAAGACUACUUGUGUUUUUAAUCUUAAAAAAAAAAUGGGACCGUAAGGGAAAAGUGUGGUGAUUCAUCAAAGUCUGCUUCAAGUGCACUCCUCCAUGGCAGCAUAAAGAUAUCCGUUCAGGUUAUAGUACACAAUACUGUAGCAGAUUAAUGCUCAUAAUCACACCAUCUUCACCAACACGUUGUGGACACUUUACUCAAGUCAUGCUGGGAAAUCGCUUGACAAUGAAAAUGUUACUGCUGACCAUGCAUUUCUAAAUCAGGUAUGUUUUUUUGUUUGUUUGUUUGUUUUGUUUAUUCCUGUUGCAUAAUCUGCAUGUACACAGCGACUGUAACGGACGCCAGUGCGUUCAGCUAGUGUUUGUUGUUUGUGCUGAUUCUCAGAGUAAAGAAAGAGUUCAUUAAACCACAAAGUCGGCAUGACUCUAAAAAAAAAAAAAAAAAAAGAAGAAGAACAGGGCCCAGUGGACAUGAAAACACAAAGAUCGUCAUCAUGAGAAUCCUCGUACUAGCUUAAAAGAAUUUUAAUGUAUUUUGAUUUGACCUCUGCAAAGUCCCUUCAGUCCCAUUUGCACCCACAUGUAAGCUUGACUUUUGUUUUUUAACCUGUUGACUUUGUGUUCUGUCCAGACAGGCAGGCUUUGUCCGUUUCUUUUUUUUUUUUUUUUUUAAGGGUGUUUGCUGAGUAUGUAUAUAUGUUGAAAACAAAGGUUUAUUUUUCAACUUUUUUGAGCGAUCUGCUGUUUUUAAAAAUGCUGUGUCGAUGUGGGCCCUUAAGUUGACACGUCAAGUCGAUGCCUAUGUGAAGUCUCUCAUCGGUUAGAACAAGCGUGUGUGUCUAAGUGCACGUGCAGACAGCUGUGUUUAUGCGUGCAUGUGAGUGUGUGUGCACGCGUGUGUGUGUGUGUGUGUGCGUGUGUGUUCCCCGUUAACCUCAUGAACAAGGGAGGUUUGUAACUCAGUGAUUUCGUAAGAACACACCUCUGCAGGAGAAUAGGCUUUUGACUUACUAGCUUUAAAGGACCUGGCAAAGAGAUGAACGAGAGAACAAAUGAAAGAGAAGAAGAAACAGGGCUAGGGGAACGGGGAAAUACUUUAAGGGCAUUGGCAAUAAGCUAUACAGUAUGUUGCAGCUAUCUGUACAUAAACAUUUUUCAUUCAUUUUGGAAUUUUUUUUUUUUUUUUCAUUUUUUUUUUUUAAAUUCCAAACCUGUGCAGCCUUAGAACGGCCACAUUGGACUGAAAAGAAAAAAAAGGAGAAAGCUACCUUUAUGUUUUUUUUUUCUUUUCGUUUGUUGUCCUUGAUUUUUCUUUUUAAAAACAAAAAUGUGUGUAAAUAGAGUUGUAAAUAUGGUGCUCUUUCUCUUUAUCUAGAACAGCGGAGUGAACCUUUUGGUGCAUAGCUGUACAGUAAUAUAGCCUUAUUAUAAUUAGUAAUAUGGGUGUCUGAGAAAAAUAAAAAUGUGUGAGAAAAACGACACGAAUUCUAUUCAUAAUGUCAAGUCUCUUGACUGUUGUCUUACUCAGCUGUAUCCAGGUGAAUGACAUGUGCAUGUGUUUCAAUGUUUGACAUUAUCGCUCCUAUGACACUGAGAGGAGAGGAGAGAAUCACCCACAGACAUGAUGUUACUGGACCAAAACCGACAGAAGAGGAAAAAGGAAAAAAAAAAGUUUGAAAUGACAGAAUUAUUCAGUGUAUUAUUCUGUAGUUGAUACCUGUUGUCAAACGUUACAUAUAGCUAUGGUAAUAUCCAAAAAUAAAAUGUUGUGGAAAACUCUGUCUCA